GGGGCGGGACCAAAGGCGGCCACGCCCCGUCCUGCACCAGGAAGCGCUGGGGGGAGAGGACGAGAGGAGGCAGGUGAGGUCAGCGCAGGACCGGCUGGCGUGGGGAAACUAAAGCUGCAUGAGACCUGGGAAGGCAUCCCGCGGAGGAAAGCAUCCAGGGCUCCGGGAGGAAAGGGAUGGCAGAAGUGGGAUGGGAAACCAGGAUGGUGGGACUUUCGCUGAAGCUUCAGGACCUGAUCGAGGAGAUUCGCGGGGCCAAGACCCAGGCCCAGGAGCGGGAGGUGAUCCAGAAGGAGUGCGCCCACAUCCGGGCCUCCUUCCGUGAUGGGGACCCUCUGCACAGGCACCGCCAGCUGGCCAAACUGCUCUACGUCCACAUGCUGGGCUACCCUGCCCACUUUGGACAGAUGGAGUGCCUGAAACUGAUCGCCUCCCCCAGAUUCACAGACAAGAGGGUGGGAUACCUGGGGGCCAUGCUUCUGCUGGAUGAGAGUCAGGAUGCCCACCUGCUCAUUACGAACAGCAUCAAGAAUGACCUGAGCCAGGGGGUUCCUGCCGUCCAGGGCCUGGCCCUGUGCACCCUGAGCACCAUGGGCUCUGCUGAGAUGUGCCGGGACCUGGCGGGUGAGGUGGAGAAACUGCUCCAGCAUUCCAGCCCCUAUGUGCGCAAGAAGGCUGUCCUGACGGCGGUACACAUGAUCCGGAAGGUGCCCGAUCUCUCCACCAUCUUCCUCCCUCCCUGUGCCAAACUGCUUCACGAGCGCCACCACGGCAUCCUACUGGGCACCGUCACACUGAUCACGGAGCUCUGUGAGCGAAGCCCGACGGCCCUCAAGCACUUCCGAAAGGUGGUGCCCCAGUUGGUGCAGAUCCUCCGGACACUGGGCACGACGGGCUACUCGUCAGAGCACAGCAUAGCAGGAGUCAGCGACCCCUUCCUGCAGGUCCAGAUCCUGCGUCUGCUGCGGAUUCUGGGCCGGAACCAUGAGGAGAGCAGUGAGGCCAUGAAUGACCUUCUGGCCCAGGUGGCCACCAACACCGACACCAGCCGGAACGCGGGCAAUGCUGUCCUGUUUGAGACAGUGCUGACCAUCAUGGACAUCAACUCUGCUGCUGGCCUGAGGGUUCUAGCUGUCAACAUUCUCGGCCGCUUCCUGCUCAACAACGACAAGAACAUUAGGUACGUGGCGUUGACGUCCCUGCUGCGGCUGGUGCAGACAGACAACAGCGCCGUGCAGCGGCACCGGCCCACCGUGGUGGAGUGUCUGAGAGAACCGGACGCCUCCCUCGGCCGGCGGGCCCUGGAGCUGAGCUUGGCGCUGGUGAACGGCUCCAACGUGCGGGCCAUGACACAGGAGCUGCAGCACUUCCUCGAGACCUGCCCCCCGGAGCUGCGGGCCGACUGCGCCUCAGGCAUCCUGCUGGCAGCCGAGAGGUUUGCCCCGACAAAGCGGUGGCACAUAGACACCAUCCUGCGCGUGCUGACCACGGCUGGCGCCUACGUCCGGGAUGAUGCAGUGGCCAACCUGACCCAGCUGAUUGGGGGCGCCCAGGAGCUACACGCCUACUCAGUUCAUCGCCUCUACAGUGCCCUGGCCGAGGACAUCUCCCAACAGCCACUGGUGCAGGUGGCAGCCUGGUGCAUUGGCGAAUACGGAGACCUCCUGCUGGCCGGGAGCUGCGAGGAGACCGAGCCCCUUCAGGUGGAGGAGGAGGAAGUGCUGGCACUGCUAGAGAGGGUGCUGCAGUCCCACCUGUCCCUGCCAGCCACCCGAGGGUAUGCCCUCACCGCCCUCAUGAAGCUCAGCACCCGGUUCAGCGGGGACAUCAAUCGCAUCCGCCAGGUGGUGUCCAUCUACGGGAGCUGCCUGGAUGUGGAGCUGCAGCAGCGGGCCGUGGAGUAUAACGCACUCUUCCGGAAGUACGACCACAUGAGGGCUGCCAUCCUGGAGAAGAUGCCGCUUGUGGAGCGAGGUGGCCCUCAAGCUGACGAGGAAGACAGGGAGGGCCAGAAGGAAGAGGCCCAGGCUGUAGAAGCGUCCCCUGUGCCCGCUGAGCCCCCGGCCUCGAAUCUCCUGGAUCUCUUAGAUCUCCUGGAUGGUCCUCCUGGGGAGGGCCCCCCGCCACCCUCGCUGGCCCCCUCCCGAGAGGGCACCCUGAUUCACCUCCUGGACCUCCCCUGUGUGCCUCCAUCCCCGACUCCCAUCCCGGACCUCAGAGCCUUUGAACGUGACGGGCUGCGGCUGGACCUCUCUUUCCUUCGCCCCCCGGAAACCCCUGCUCUCCUCUUAGUCACCGUCACCGCUACCAACACCUCGGAGGGUGACGUCACCCACUUCAUCUGCCAGGCGGCCGUGCCCAAGAGCUUCCAGCUGCAGCUGCAGGCCCCCAGUGGGGACACCGUCCCAGCCCAGGGUGGCCCUCCCGUGACCCAGCUCCUCCGAAUCCUCAACCCUGACAAGGCCCCCCUACGGCUCAAGCUGCGCCUCACCUACAACCACCUAGGCCAGUCGGUGCAGGAGAUCUUCGAGGUGAACAACCUGCCCCUGGCCACCUGGCAGUAACUCAAGAACCUAUUCCAAGGGAGUCCAGCAGGGGGCGCCUCAGGCCUGCGCUUGCCUCCGCAGGCGCUCAGGGGCCUCCCCCCUUCUGCCCCACCCCCCACCCCUGGGUAACACCGAAUAAAGCUUGCU